GCGGGGAGUUUUUACUCUAGACUCCCCGCUGCACUUGGCUUGUUGUUUAUUUCGUGUUGAUUAUGCUACCUUGUUUGUAUUCAAAGUUUACAGCACCUGUAUGAGACAUUGUACAGGCCUGUUCAAUGGACUUCAACAGGAACUUUGACCAUAUUCCACAGACUUCUCUGGUGCUCCUUUCCUUCCUUAACCAGAAAGACUGCCAAAAUGGUGAGCCGGGAAGAGUGUUUGAUUAUCGUGAAGAAAAUCUGUCUACAAAUCAUAUUGACAGUGAUGGGGAUAUAGAAACCGAUGGACACAGUCCACCAGCGACCUACAGAGACCUUUUACAUGAACUACAGCAUGAAGUUCAGCCUCGUCUUUCAGUCAAUGCAGAAGAGGCUCGGGCUGCGAGAGAAACGGCGGCAGAGUUGAUCAGAAUAGCAGAUCUUCUAGAACAGAGCGUUCUGUCUCAAGCUGCUGAGAGUCUGACUAAAAAACUGAGAUCUUCCAAAGAAGAGGUUUGGGCCAGUCAUCUAUCUAAAGGAGUGCAGACGUUACUUCAGCAUGUGGCAGCAGCCAAAGAGUUUAAGAAGGAGCUUGUGGAGAUGGCCUUCACGUUCAUGCUCAUGAAGACCGUUUGUGAACGCACGCCUGAUUUUUUGUUUAGCCUCUAUGGGACAGUGGUGCAGUUUUUCGGAUCCAACUGAUCCCUGGUGAAAUCUGUUAGAGAAGUGUUGAAGGAAAAAUAUGAUACGUUCCAACAUAGUUAUACAAAAAAAUAACAUAGUAAUACAGAAAAUACAAAUGUCAAUUAUUUCAGCUUUUAAAAACUGAAUAUGUUUGAUUUUGUUGUUGAUAUUCGCUGUUAUUCAGUGUUUUUGUUGUUGUUGUUUACUAUAACGUUGGGUUUUGUGUAUAUAAAAAAUACAUUUAAGAAAAUUUUCCUUUGGUUACUUAAUAUUUUUGUUGUUUUUCAGUGUUUUUAUUGUCAGCUUUAUAUGAAUUAAACCCUCUGGCAUUCUUUUUAUGGAGGUCAG